CGCUUGUGAAUCCGAACUCCGCGAAGAGCAUGAUAGCAGUAUGAAUUCCCGAGAGCCGGGCGUGGGAAGCAACGAUUUUUCUUCGUCUCCGUCAUUGGCAUUUUCGUCUGUUCCAGAUUGGGGCGAGCCAUUGACGGAGCAUGAGCUGGAAGCCAUUGACGCAAUUGAAGCUACAUUUCUGUCCGCGUCGACUACCUCCAUUUCCUCUUCGAUUAAGGAACAAGAUUCGAGUGCUCAAGAUGAUCAAGCCAGCAAAAGACCUUGCCGACGACUGCCAAGUUCCAUGCUCGAUUUCUUUACACCAUUUCCCCUGUCUCCUUGUAAAGCUGAUGUAAAAAUGAGGUAUCCUGCAAUCAAAUUUGGAGGUCGAAUUUCUUACACUAGAACCUCAGUGGAGGUGGAAAAGGCCGCAAGGGAGCUUCUUCGCAGCCUUGAAGCUAAAAGGGGAGAAAGUGGUCAUGUUGCUGUUGGGUUUGAUAUAGAGUGGAAGCCAACAUUCAGAAAAGGCAUGUUCUUAUCUGAAAUAAGAAUGUUGUGUGCCUUUCAAAAUGCUGUUUAUAGUUUUGUCAAGACUUGGAAAGUCGGUGUUCCGCCUGGGAAGGCUGCUGUUAUGCAGUUGUGUGCAGAUAUUGGCCAAUGCUAUGUGAUGCACAUAUUUCAUUCCGGAAUCCCUCCGAGCCUGCGGCUUCUUCUUCGAGAUUCUACACUUGUAAAAGUUGGAGUUGGGAUUGACAACGAUUGCGUGAAGGUUUUUAAAGAUUAUAAUGUCUCUGUUCAAGGUGUAGGGGAUCUUUCAUGUCUAGCUAAUCAAAAACUUGGUGGAGAACCCAGAAAUUGGAGUCUUAAAGCUUUAACUGAGAUGCUUGUUUCUAAAGAGCUUCCGAAACCGAACAAGAUCAGGCUUGGGAACUGGGAAGUUAAAUCUCUAUCAAAGCAGCAACUACAGUAUGCAGCUACAGAUGCUUUUGCUUCUUGGCAACUCCACCAGGUCCUGAAAGAGCUUGCCGACACAGAUAAUUCUGCGCGUAAUGAAACAAGUGAGGAAGUGAAAGCUGCUGUGCCACCAUGAGUUUCCUACCCGUAGGCCAGAGUUUAUCAUCUGGAAGGCAAGUCAACGCCAAUACAAUCGAUCCCACCACAGACUGACAAUCAACUCAGGCCCUGGACUUUUCCUUGUCCUAUGGCAGACAAGGACUAUAGUUUAUCGCCUCGGCAGUCAGAAACCUCAUUGUCUUCUGGUCCAUCUAAUCAAAGCCUAAAGUCCCCACUGAUAAAUUAUUGAGUCCAAUUCCUAUCUGGAUAUCAGAAUGGGAAAAGACAGAUAUCCAGAACGUAGUUUAGUUAUCAAGUCUUCUGUAUGUACCCUGUAACUUUGUUUGCGUUCUUGUGCUUCAAUCUUCUUCCUGUUCCCACCUCACUUUAAUGACUUGAGGGCCAGCUAUCCUUUCCGUACCAAGUUGUGCCCUUUUAAGUAGGUAAUGGGAAAUUUGAUUCCGGGCCAUGCUUUAUUGCGAGAUGUCAUAGCCAAAGUACUUGUUUGGUGGUGGGGAUUUCGUUUCAUGGAUUGAUGGUGGACAAUGGAUAACGGUUGUGAUUUUGGUCUUAUGUAAAUGUUGGAAUCCAUAGAAUUCUAAAUCUAUGGAGAAUUCUAAAUCCACCACUCGUGAAACCACCCGUUACCAAAAUUGGAGUGCCCUAAUGACUUUUCUUUCAGGGCACUGAGCUCACCAGAUCAUGCAAUAACAGCAAAGGAUAAAUUCUGCAGAGAUCAUCAUGAUUCAUGAACCAAGUGGUGAAAUUGCAGAGUAUCCUGGUGGGGUGCAAGUGUAUUACAGAAUACAGAAAGGGGGCAUCAGCCAAACAGCUCACAUGGUCAGCACAUGGGCUCAAGCUUUAAAGAGUGGCCAACCAACCAUAGAAACAUAAUACCAGUACUGGUUAUCAGUUUGAAAAAGGAGGAAAAGGGGAAGGGGG